GUUAGCCACAGCCGGCCCACUGGUCGGCUGUAACCCGAGGGGAGUUCUAGCAGAUUCUGAUCUCACUCCGGAAGCGGGCUGAAGGAUUUGUAAGAUGAAAGGUCCUUAAACAUGAAAUGAGAUCAGUGUAUCUAGAUCACCAUGGCAACUGUACAGAAAUUGAUGAGGGCUAUUCGAGUUUAUGAAUUUGGUGGACCAGAAGUGCUGAAACUCCAGUCGGAUGUUGUAGUACCAGCUCCAAAAGACCAUCAGGUUCUAAUCAAAGUCCAUGCAUGUGGUGUAAACCCUGUGGAAACUUACAUUCGCUCUGGUACUUACAGUAGAAAACCACUCUUACCCUACACUCCUGGCACCGAUGUGGCUGGGGUAAUAGAAUCUGUUGGAAAUAAUGUUUCUUCUUUUAAGAAAGGUGACAGGGUCUUCAGCACCAGCACAGUCUCAGGGGGCUAUGCAGAGUAUGCUGUCGCAGAAGAUCACACAGUCUACCCACUUCCUGAGAAACUGGACUUCAAACAAGGAGCUGCCAUCAGUAUCCCGUACUUCACUGCCUAUCGCGCUCUGCUCCACAGUGCCCGUGUGAAAGCUGGAGAAACUGUUCUGGUUCAUGGGGCCAGUGGAGGAGUUGGAUUAGCAACAUGCCAAAUGGCUAGAGCUUACGGCUUAAAGGUUUUGGGCACAGCUGGUUCUGAGAAGGGACAAAACAUUGUUUUGCAAAAUGGAGCCCACGAAGUGUUUAAUCACAGAGAAGUUAAUUAUAUUGAUAAAAUUCAGAAAUCUGUUGGUGAAAAGGGGAUUGAUGUGAUUAUUGAAAUGUUAGCUAAUGUAAAUCUUAGUAAUGAUUUGAAACUUCUGUCACGCGGAGGACGAGUAAUAGUUGUCGGCAGCAGAGGGCCUAUUGAAAUAAACCCACGGGACACCAUGAUGAAGGAGUCUAGUAUAAUUGGAGUUUUUCUCUCUUCAUGUAGCAAGGAGGAACUUCAGCAGUAUGCAGUGGCCCUUCAAGCUGGAAUGGAAAUUGGCUGGCUGAGACCUGUGAUAGGGUCUGAAUAUCCAUUGGAGAAAGUGGCUCAGGCCCAUGAAAAUAUUAUUCAUGGCAGUGGGACUAUGGGAAAAAUGAUUCUUGUCUUACAAUGAUUAAUUCUUUUAUGAGCUUCCUGUGUAAUUAGGAGGUUUUCUUUCUUGCAGUACUAUGUACACUGUCUUUAAUUAACGUUCAUUUGAUUUAGUGAGUUUCAUGUUUUAAAAACCUAGAUUUCUCUUUAGGGAGCAGAGACAACGGAGUACAAUUUAUUUUACAGCAGCAACAUUUUUAUACCUUGUAUUGCAAAUCAAGGAACCAUCGUAGUAGGAAAUAGCAUGUUAGUGGUCAUUUGGCAGUGGGGUGCAUUUCAGAAAUUCUUAAUUGAUAGUUGAUUAAUUCCAUACCUUUGACUAAAACAUGGUAAUUCAAAUAAGACUGAUUUUCAAGGAUUUCUGAUCCUAUUUAUCUUUAAUCAUUAACUUAUCAUAAAGACAUCCAUAGCUAUCUUGGACCUUGGAGACUUUCUGAACUUAAAAAUAAAAAGCCAUUUCCUCAAGUACUCUUAUCUGAACCCAUAAGUCUCAUAGAAGGGCAAGAGUAAAUAAUAGCUAAAGAAAUUUGUUAGUUUUCCUAACAUUUCCCAAAAUUCUAAGGUAUUUACUGUGCUGGUUGAUCACCAGUGACAACAUGUUGUCUGAAAACAGCAUCCUUAUCUUUGGUCUGUGAUGCUAACAAAGCCACCAAAUUUUGAUUGAUUAGAUUUUCAGUAUAGAUUUCAAGUUAUCUGUUUCUGUGAUAUGAUCAUUUAUUUUAAUUAAUAAGUUCACGAAAUUGACAUACUAAGAAUGAUCUACUCUUGUUUUUGUAACACAGUA